AAGGCGCAUGCGCUUCCUGUGGCGCCGCAGUUAGCAGAAGGUGAGGGAGGUGAUGGCCACGUUCUUCGGGGAGGUGGUGCGGGCGCCUUGCCGAGCCGGGACCGAGGACGAGGAGGAGGACGAGGAGGGGAGGCGGGAGACGCCUGAAGACAGGGAGGUCCGGCGGCAGCUGGCGCGGAAGAGGGAGGUGCGGCUCCUUCGAAGACAAACAAAAACAUCUUUGGAAGUUUCUCUGCUGGAAAAAUAUCCUUGCUCCAAGUUUAUAAUUGCUAUAGGAAAUAAUGCAGUAGCAUUUGUGUCAUCAUUUAUCAUGAACUCAGGAGUCUGGGAAGAAGUUGGUUGUGCUAAACUCUGGAACGAAUGGUGUAGGACAACGGAUACUAUACAUCUGUCCCCAACAGAAGCUUUUUGUGUGUUUUAUCAUCUAAAAUCGAAUCCCUCGGUUUUGCUCUGUCAGUGCAGCUGCUACGUCGCUGAAGAUCAGCAGUUUCAGUGGCUGGAAAAGGUUUUUGGCUCAUGUUCAAGGAAGAAUAUGCAAGUAACUGUUCUCACGUGUCGACACGUUACUGACUAUAAAACUGCAGAAUCAACUAGCAGCCUUCACACUCCUUUCCUGAAAGCCCUAAAAACGCAGAAUUUCCGAGAGCCGCUGUGCUGUUCACUGCUAGAACAACCGAAUAUUGUGCAUGACCUUCCUGCUGCAGUUCUGAGUUAUUGUCAAGUAUGGAAGAUCCCUGCAGUGCUGUACCUGUGUUACACUGAUGUGAUGAAGUUAGACUUGAUUACAGUGGAAGCCUUUAAGCCUGUACUUUCAUCCAGAAGCCUGAAAGGUUUGGUUAAGAAUAUUCCCCAGAGCACAGAGAUACUGAAGAAAUUGAUGACGACAAAUGAGAUUCAGAGUAACAUUUACACAUGAUUCUGAAGAUUGUUUUGUAGUGUAUCACCCAUCCAUUCGUUUAAGGGGAGCAGCGUGCAGUGUUUUGUAGGUUACUUUUUUCAGGGAAGUAUUUUGAGGGAGUGAAAAACAAUAAACUUACCUUAAAUUCCUUGUA